CAGGGUAACGACCCACAUUAAUACAGAAGAUGGAAGUGAUGCUAUCUAUACGCCUGUUGCACAUGUGACAAACUAAAAUGUAAUGACAUGAAUCAACACCUGGAAGAAAUUUAGGAUGGUAAGAAUAAUUGAAUAUUAAGAUUCUGGAACUGAGGUAUUCUGAGAGUUCUGAAACGUGUCAUAACUGACAACAGCAUUUUUCAAGUGCUUUUGAACUGCAACAAGACUAUCCUGGCCAUUGUGUACCAAGUAGGUAAGAAGCGACAGCAUUUUUUAACCUAUAAUACGUAGUGUACACUAUGAAUAAUUGUAUUGGCAUUGAUUGUAUUGGCAUUUUAAGUUACUGAAGACUUCUACAUUAUACUUCUGUGAUCCAGAGGUUUGGGGAUGGAGAAGAUUGAGACUGCUCACACUGCACAGCAGCCCACCUUGGAUGACUCACAGAGCGAGGAGGAGGAGGAGGAUGAUGAUGGCUUUGUUGGGGGGACUGGCGUGCAGUCAGACAAGGGACAGAGUGGCGCGGAGUCAGAGGGUGUGGAUGAAGAGGAUGACGAUGAAGAGGCAGGACCUGCAGCCCAACCCAAGGAGAAGGGUAAGGAGGAUUCCGUUGCCCGGAUGCUUUCUAUCUGGGGCACCACCAAGUAUAUCAGCAAGUGGAAGAUGGCCCAUCGGAGAGGCUACCACAUCAACUGCCUGACCGAUGACCCCGAACGCAAGGCCAUGAUCAUGCAGCAUGAGCUGGACUGCAAAACCAGUAUUCCCCUCCCUAUGGUGUGUAUGAUUGAGAAGGAGACCCUGCAGAUUCUACAAAAUAUUGAGAAUGACUACAAGUACAAAUUGGGCACCAGCCACCAUCUGACAAAAGAGCUCCAUGAGCGUAUUGAGAGCCUGAAGUGCCAGGUAUCCUCCAAGGUUAGGCACAGUGAGCCGGCCCCAGAGGGAGGAGUGCUGGCGACCCUGGUGGGGUGGGGCAGGGCACUGUCUGCUAUGCUGGGUUGGCGCAGUGGAGCCUCAGCUACUGAAGAUGGGAAUGCUCUACCCUGCAAGGAGUGUCCCCUUGAAACAGACGACACAAAAGAAUAAAGACUUGAAUUUCAACGACUAAUCUGCGAUUCUUCUUGAAGUUACAAGCAUUUUGCUACACCGGCAUGUGACCAAUACAUUUUUAUUUGAUUUUUAGUUGUGUUUCGGUAGCAGUUCAGCACCAGAGGGCUCUAAUGACUGGACUGUACUAAAGCUCAGCAUUCUACUACAAACUGCUUGGCCUACAUGCGUUAUGUAAUAUUUUUAAUAGACUAAGGAGGCCAUUUCCCCUGAAGGAAUAAAAAACAAUACCACUGUAUUAAAAGCAUGUCUGUUUUACUCAUUGCAUUUUGGAAAAUUCCUUUAGAAAGCCAUUUAUCUUAGAAAAAUACAAGUCAUAUCUACCCUGGAUCACUAAAGCUUUGACAUCAGUAACCUACUACAGGUCUUGGUUUUAAGCAGUUGAUUGCUUGGAGCUCCAAUUAUGAACUGUUCGUACCAACCAGAUAAGGAGUAUGAGAGUAGCAUAUCUAGAGCUCUUCACA